AAAGGUGCUGCCAAAGAAGAAGAAGAAUCGGUGGAGCAACAGUGUGGUGAGGUGUAAAGUUAUUUCUCCAACACAAACACGAAGGAGCGUGCGGCGGCCAGCGGGUUUUUGGGGGUGCGCGUGGUGGUGUGCGUACCAUCCGGACUCACCUGUCAACUUUCUAUCACAACACAGCAGCAGCAGCAGCAACAACAACCUGGACGGAGAGAUUCAACAAAGCUGCUUGCGUUGCUUGCUUCGAUGUGUUGUUGCUGUUGCAUGGCGAAUCCAGAUCCAGUGAAAUUCUGACACGCCGACGAGGCCACACCGCCAGAAUAGCUUCCAGACCGACCGCCAGCGCAAUGCACCCCGAUCGCUUGGUUUCGUUGGCCCACCGAUUGGCACUCCAUUAGUAGUCCCAAGUGAGAGGAAAAGCCGGCAUGUCUUCAACGUCGUCGCGGGAAACCCUCCAUCGUCGUCCGCGGUGUCACCCCAGAACGAACCAAGGCCGCAGUUUGUGAUGAAGCUAUUUUCAAGUGAGAUCACCGAAACGAGUCGCGGUGGGUCGUGUUCAAAAAUUAACGUCCAUGUUUGAAUAGUUCAACCCAAGUGCAGUGUGUGCAUGCGAGAGAGAGAGAGUGAAUCUCUAUUUAGUGAGUGAGUGAAGAAUUUAGAGUUGAUGCCAAGAUGCACGACCUGUUCACAACGGUUCUGUCCAAGCGGGACCUGUCGCGGGCCGGCGAACUCUUCUCGGUGGCCGACUACGAGAUCGUUAAUGACCUGAAUGAAGUGCUCGACGAAAUAUCCACGAUCAUCAGCCACGAGGACUACCUGCAGAACAGCAACGACCAGUCGGUGAUCGAGAUCUGCAUCAACCGCGUCACGUCAUGCAUCAAGAAGACCUGCACCAUCGAGAAGCACUGCGCCGGCCUGGUCGGGCUGCUCGAGACCUGCCUCAAGUACAACCUGAAGCCGUCCAGCCGGGAGUUGGACCCGCCCCACGCCAAGAUUUCCUCCGACAUCAUUUCGAGCAUCUUUCUGAACUACAACAAAAAGCACGUGAUGGAGGUGACACUGCCGGUGGCCGUCAAGUUCCUGAACAAGGGCAACCUGGAGUUGUCACGGAAUCUGGCAAGUUAUCUUUCGUCGGCGGCGAUCGAGUAUUCGUACCUGUUGUCGCCACACGUCGCCCUGAUUCUGGAAUCGCUGCUCAACGGUAACUACGGCCUGUGCCACGUGCUGUCGCAGAUUUACGAGGCUGCUCCCGAGCAGAUCAACGCCGAGGCCGAGCGAUUCGUCGAGAUCAUUCCCAAGUGUGAGCUGCAGGAGCAGAUUGUGAUCCUGCAGCUGUUGGUGGCGAUCGCCAAGAAUAAGCCGGGUUCGCUGGUUGAGUGCAUUCCACAGCUGUUUGAGUUGGCUCAGAAGGCGCCAAUUUCGACGGCGGUGAUGUUGGUGAUUUUGAAGUUGUCCGAGUUUAAGCCGAUCAAGAUGAGCGAGUACAGUGAGUCGGUGAAGAAUGUGGCGUUGGUGGUUCCGCAGACGAUCGGGUUUGCGGCGCAGAUCUUGUCAGCGAUUGGCAAAUCAAGCAAGGAUCGUGCCCAGGUGGCACUGGACUUUGUGUUGGAAUAUCUCCCGAAGGCGGAUCGACCGCUACAAACAAUCCUGCUCAACGAGGCCACCAAGUUGUGCACCAAAUAUCCGGUACUCUUCACCGACAAGGUCACUUCCGUGGUUCGGCAACGCCAGCUGAACAACAAUCAGAUCAAGCAGACACCCGGAGGAGUGACCAUAGUGAAUUUGAACUCUUCCGCGACCCUACCGGUAACGACAACGACUGCCACCACCGUAACAACCCCGCCAGUCACGCUGGACACGCGGCCAAUCUUUUCCAAAACGCCAAACGUGGCCGUGAUGACGUCGUCGACCGCCGCAACUCCAACAUCUGCUACCAGCAACGGUCACACGACGGUCAUCAACACCUCGAACGGAACCACCACGACCUCGACCUCGAUCCAUCCGGCGCUGCUGACGAACUUUAUGAACUCGGCAAAUAGCACGCCUGUCGCGGUUCCGCCGACGCCGCCCCACACGGGUUACACGAGGCGAGCGAAGCUGGGCGAUUCGAGGAGCACCGGCAGGUUGCACUCCGGUGGAGGUGGGAACAAAAGCAUGACCCGGUUAAACAUUGCCGGAGGAUCGGUUGGUGGACUGCACAAGUCGAUGACGCGGUUGAGCUCGUCGCAGUUGAUUGGACAGUACAACGGUGGUGAUAUCGUACUUGACGAGUCUGGCAAACCGCUACCUCCGUCCGGUCCGGGAACAAACAACCGUGCCAGUGUCAUCGACGGCAGCAGCAUCAGUGCCGGAGGUGGUUCCAACUCGAACAGCAAUAUCCUGAACAGUCAUUCCAGUGGCAACGUUGCGAUUGCGUUGGCCGCCAACAAAAACAACAGCGUGGCCAACUUCAGCUCGCCGGUUCCACCCCCGCUGAGUCAGCACGUGAUGAUCACCGGAGAGAACAAGUGGGGCAUUCCGCAGACGAAGAUCACCUCGGGAGGUGUAACGGUGACGACUUCGCCAACGCGCGGACAACGACCGUACUCACAGGGACCAAACACGCUUAUGGGAUCGGCUGGAGCGCUGGGGAAGAACUCACUCGGCGGGUUGAACCAGUCGACGGGGUCGAUCGGGAUGGUUCAGGUUCAUCAUGCUUCACCGGCAUCGCCGACAAUGUUCAACAACCAUUCCCAGCAGACAUCGCCCCAGCUGACAACGCACUCGUUAGACUCGAAUGAAGACUCGGGGAACCAGGUGAGUGUUUCCGGUCCGGCGACGAAGGUCACCCCGAGAAGGAACGACAACCGAAGUGUGACACUGCUCAACGCAGGGACGGUCAAUCAGCGAAUGAGCGUGUUUGAACCUUACCCAAUGCGGGACACGAUCCAACACUUUUGCGAGAAGCAUCUGGACAAGAUCAAAGCCUUCACGGAGAGCGUUGCCCAGCGAUUGCCCCCGCCGGCCAAGUGUAUCAUCGAGGAACGUCGCGCCAAAAAGACGGCCAAACUGCACUUUGCCUGCCAAGUCCGCGGCCCGCACUGUCUCUACUCGCGGACCAUGUUCACCAUGCGGACUCGCAACCCGCGAACCUGGAUUCACCUGAUGUUCCUUGACCUCCAGGCCCGUGCCCCGCAAAACGCUCUCAGCAGUUGGGAUCCGAGCGUGAGUCGACUCAAGCACUGCUGGGACACGCUCAAGUGCGAGACACGAACCUUCAUCACGCUAGUCACGAGCGCCUUCCCCAACGUCAAGGAGCAAGAAGCGUUGGUCAACGAACUUCGCAACGCGGGCUUCUUCGACGUGUUCGAGCUCGGUGCCGUCAGCAGCACGCCGGAAGGGGCCAGCACCGAGGAUCUGCAGUUCCAGUGGGGCUGCUUCCUGUGCAACCACCCGGAAAAGGCGAUGGGAUUCCUGCACGGCAACAAUCAACCGGUCAUCGAGGGGCAGCUCAAGGAAAAGAAGGGCAAGUGGCGGUUGUUCCGACGGUGGCGCACCCGCUACUUCACCCUGUCCGGAGCGCAUCUGUCCUGCAAGGGAUCGACCGGCGGCGAAAGCAUCGACGUGAACCAGAUCCGGUCGGUGAAGGUGAGUCGCGGGGCGCGCAACAUUCCGAAGGCGUUCGAGAUCUUCACCGGCGAUCAGACGUUGAUACUGAAGCCGAAGGACGGGAACAAGGCGGAGGAGUGGGUGCAGUGCUUGAGUAUCGUGCUGGCGCAUUCGCAGGCCCGUGACAGUCCCACGACCCGCACCAACAGUCUCCCGGCACGAAGCCUCGGCAACAGUCGGACCGUGUUCUAGGCUAAACAUAUCACAUUUUACGCAGCACCCUUAACGAACGUGAAGACUUAUGGAAUAUCGAGUACUUAAUGUUGUCACAUCCUACCUAUAGAAUCAGCAUUUCCUUCCACAUUAAGGUCAAUAGGAAUCAAACAAGCCAAUCAAAACAUGAAUGUUACUUAAUUUAAGGACAAUCCGUCGUCGCCGUGAUGAUAAGUAAAGUAUAUUUAAAGACAUAUGAUAACAACUAAGAGCAAUGAACGUUACUAGCCAGUUAGGAUACUUAAAGUGUAAGCAGCCAAACAAGAGUAAAAAAAAAUCUAACGUGUCAAUUUAAAAUUGAUUUCAAGUGAGAAGCAUCAUAAAAAUGCGAAAUACUAUCAUAACUUUUAACGAACCCCCGUUUUGCAUCAAGUUAUCUCGUGAAUUCUAUUUAUUGGUAAAUUUUCGACCUGGUCUUCCCACUUCCCUCGUUUCUAUUAACUAGUGAGUAUGUCACGUUGACGUUUUACAUGUCAAGAAUAAGAAGAUUCGAAUUGUUAAGUUUUCUAUGCCCUAUAAUUAAAAAUAACACCUCUACCACAUAUCGAAGCAACCCUUGAGCAUGAAUGUACCACGCGGCCGCUGAUAUUGUUCGAAACAAGCCGUUUUGAUAAACUAAAAUUACAAAAAAGAAAAACUGAGCAGAUUACUCUAUUUAUUACAUGGAUAAAAGUGACAGUAAAUUAAUCAAUUGAUAAAUGUUGACAAAAAUAA